AGAAGAAGCUGGAGCAGCAAGCAGUAGCAGAAGAAGAGCCCUCCAGUGAUGCUACCUGCAGCAACAAGCUUCAGCUCAAAACUCCACAGAUUGAACUCUGUUUGUUUCCAACCUGGAGCUGUUUCACUGAAUCUCUGUCUGUGUCUCAACACGCCGUCGUGGAGGUUCAAGCUGAAUCCAGUCUGAAUGAAAAUGACGGUCGUGUGAGCUUUCCGUCUCUAAUGUUGUUAGCGCAGCAGCUAGCCGCUGUUAGUUUGUUUUGCUAACGAGAUCAGCGGUGGAUCUGAGAGUCUUCGCCGUCCAGCUGCCUGUAGCCGCGGUAUGGUUCAUCCUGCUGUUUGAUGGGGCUUUUACGGACCAUGAUGCCGCAGAAGAUCCAGCUCCUGGCUGUUCUGGCGUUUGGAGUAGCCAUGCUGCUGAUAGAGAAUCAGAUCCAGAAACUGGACGAGGCCAGAGCCAAACUAGAACGUACCAUUGCCAGACACGAAGUGGUCGAAGUGGAACAGCGUCACAGCGAAGAUGGCGGCGGGCGGGAACUGUCGCCACUGUCUGAGAAAGACGACAUGGUCAUCAUCUACAACAGAGUACCCAAGACAGCCAGCACAUCCUUCACCAACAUCGCCUACGACCUCUGUGGGAAGAAUCACUUCCACGUCCUGCACAUCAACACCACUAAAAACAACCCUGUCAUGUCUUUACAGGACCAGGUGCGCUUUGUCAGGAACGUCACCUCGUGGAGAGAGAUGAAGCCCGGCUUCUACCACGGCCACGUAGCUUAUCUGGACUUCUCUAAAUAUAGUGUGAUGGGAAAGCCAAUGUACAUAAAUGUGGUGCGGGAUCCUAUAGAGCGCCUCGUAUCCUAUUACUACUUCCUGCGGUUUGGAGACGACUACAGACCAGGACUUCGGCGAAGGAAACAAGGCGACAAGAAGACCUUUGACGAGUGUGUGUCAUCAGGAGGGUCUGACUGUGCUCCGGAGAAACUCUGGCUGCAGAUUCCCUUCUUCUGCGGCCACCAUUCAGAGUGCUGGAAUGUUGGCAGUAGAUGGGCCCUGGAACAGGCUAAAUACAACCUGGUGAAUGAGUAUCUGUUAGUUGGUGUAACUGAGGAGCUGGAGGACUUCAUCAUGAUCCUGGAGGCGGCACUCCCACGAUUCUUCAAGGGAGCCACAGAGCUGUACAAAACAGGAAAAAAGUCCCACCUGCGAAAGACCACGGAGAAGAAGCCUCCCACCAAAGAGACAAUCACCAAGCUGCAGCAGUCCAACAUCUGGAAAAUCGAAAAUGAGUUUUACGAGUUUGCCCUCGAACAGUUUCAGUUUGUUCGUGCCCAUGCCGUCCGGGAAAAGGAUGGAGAACUUCAUGUCCUGGCUCAGAGCUUCUUUUAUGAAAAGAUCUACCCCAAAGUGAACUGAAUGUGCAGCCAGAAAACUGAGACCAAGACUGCACAGGGAGUCUAACAGAAGUCAUAAACACUGGGAGGACAAGAGACACUAAAUGAUGCUGGACUUAUUGGGAUCAUGUUGGGACUUAAGAAAACAACCUUUUAGACUGAACAGUGCAAUUUCUAUGAGGAAUGUUCUCAUUUUUUAAAUAGGUGGAGCAGCUGUUGAGAAAACUAAAUCUGACCUGUGAGAAAGAGUUUCUCCUCAAAGUGGUUAAAAUAGUUACUGUGGUUCACCUCAAAAUCAAUCCAAACACAAGAAGCCUUUGAUUUCUUAAGAUCUGUGGUUGGUUUUUGGGUAAACCAUCAAAAUAAAAGCAGCAAAGCUAUAUUUAAAUGUCAUUUUCUGGAAAUAGGAAAUAAGUUUAUCUGGUUUAUGCAUUUUUAUUAACUGCACACCACACCUUAUGUGCACCAGUACUUGUUUACAAAUAGCAGAACAUCAAGGGUGCAUUUGUACAUGCUGUAUUAACGUGUUUUUGGACCAAAUGGUAGCAAAAGAAAAUAGAUCGGAUCUUUGCAUCCUUUGGUGCGUGACUAGUAAUUUUUUAUGCCACUGAGAUGUUCUCAAUUUUUACACGUUUAACACAUCAUAUCAAUAUUUUAUCAGAGCGAUAGUGAUGUGUUUGUUUGAUACAACAGACAGCUGCUGUUUUUAGUCUGCAAAAGGACCACAAGCUAAAGGAAGUUACUAAGACUAGAACGUGUGAGUACAGGGUUCUUUUAGACAGAGACUGAUAGUGCCUUUAAUAUAAAGUAUAGGACGUUUUCUUAUUAUUGAUUUUGCAGUAAUUCCACAGCCACACUUCUUGUUUUGGUGUACUCUUACUGGCUUUCUGUUGUUUCAUAUUUACCACAUUAACAUCCUAAACAUAAAUACAUAAAUGCAAAUAACUGGG